AUGACCUCGAGCCAGAGCACAUUGAAGGACAUUUUGGCAGAUUUUCCUCGGCCCGACGAAGGCUUCGUGUCGGAAGCAGGAUCAAGUCUGGAGCCCGCAAGUUGGGGCAGCCUGGGUCACCCCGAGCUGUGCCACCGGCCUUGCGUGUACCUCCUGAAAGGGAGCAUGUGUUGGCAGGGUGCUUCUUGUCAGUUCUGCCACCACAGCCGGCACUCUCCGAUUCCGAAGUUGGACAAGCAACAGAGGGCUCGUCUUCAAGGUCUGAGCGAGGAGGACAGAGUAUCUUUGUUGAUCCCGCACAUCCGGCAGAAAGCUCUAGUGGCCGGGCUACCUGAAGAGGUCGAGGACUUCAUCUGUGUCUUGAAGAAGAAGUUUUCAAACGAGACUUCUCACAUCGAGCCUUACGUCGUUCACGAUCAUCGCCGAAAGAGCAUAGAUGGCAAAGAGCUCUGCAGGCUCAAGAAGACCCUGCACAACAUGAACCUGACGGCUUUAAUCAAGCUAUUGCCCACAGAGGAUGAGGAGUUGGUCACAAGCUUCCAGAAGCUGCGGCUUUGCGCAGGGUCAGUGAAGUUCGAACUCUGA